AUGUCUUCUACUAGCCAUGUGGAUGACAUUGAACGCGAUGCCGGCGUCGGUGUCCGGGCCGUUCCACUCGUCGCACGAAACAUGCCAGACAAUGGAACUCGGGCGAGGCAGGGCUGCUUCCUAUGUCUCGAGAAAAUAAUAUACGAUAAGGUGAUGCCAUGGGAAUGUGCUAUCGAGUCAGAUAGCGCCAUCUAUCGGAGACUGGUGGACACAUGCUACCAGUAUCUGGGCCGGUGGAAGAGAUGGCUUCCCUACUACGGAAUCACCGCUGUGGUAGAGGUCAAUUUUCACUUUUCCGGUAUUGCGGAAUCGAAUGGGAGCUAUCCCAUCUGGAUGGAUCCAGUGAAGCCCGAUCACGUCUUGAAGGAGUGCGAGAAGAUCAUAGCCAGGAAUCCAACCGGUGAUACCAGCGAUUGCUUCAUUGGUAUCGAGGAGUGGUCUCAACCAUGCAUCCUGGUGGAGGUGGAGAAAGCAGAACAGCGCCGCAAGCAGCUUCUGUUCUUGUCGCACCUCAAGGACUGUGCCCGGGACCCGGCCAGAGCCAAUGGGUUGCAUACAUUGGAGGGUUUGGCACAGGACACUUGCAUCUACGAAACAAAGUAA